AUGCCCGUUGCCUACCUUUCAAAAAGACUAGACCCAGUAGCAGCUGGCUGGCCUCCCUGCCUCCGUAUGAUCGCUGCUACAGCUUUAAUGGUAAAGGAUGCUGAUAAGUUAACUAUGGGACAAGAGCUACAUGUUACAACCCCUCAUGCCAUCGAGGGAGUCCUCAAACAACCCCCUGACCGAUGGAUAAGUAAUGCCCAACUGGUUCACUACCAGGGACUAUUAUUAAAUCCCCUCAGAAUCAUUUAUGCUCCCCCCCGAACACUAAACCCUGCCUCCCUAUUACCAGACCCGGACUUGGAUACCCCCCUCCAUGACUGCGCUGAGAUAUUGGCACAGGUUCAUGGAGUUCGGGAAGAUUUACAGGAUCACCCGCUACCAGACGCCGAAGUUACCUGGUUCACUGACAGCAGCAGCUUUGUACAUCAGGGUCAAAGGUAUGCGGGGGCAGCAGUCACAACUGAAACUGAGACUGUUUGGGCUGAGUCUUUGCCAGCUGACACCUCUGCCCAACGGGCUGAACUUGUGGCCUUAACCAAGGCACUGACUUUGGGAAAAGGCAAGAGACUAAACGUGUAUACCGAUAGCAGAUAUGCUUUUGCUACGGCCCACAUACAUGGAGCUAUAUACAGAGAGAGGGGACUGUUAACUGCAGAGGGGAAAACUAUCAAAAACAAAGAAGAAAUAUUGGCUCUUUUAAAGGCACUCUGGCUGCCUAAACGACUAGCCAUCAUACAUUGUCCAGGCCACCAAAAACCGGUCACACCGGUGGCCAGAGGAAAUAAUUUGGCUGACCAGGUGGCCCGAAAGGUGGCCUUACAGGUGGACUGUGCUUUAAUGACCACCUUACCAGACCCCGGCUCAGCCAGUUUGCCAGAAAGCCCCACCUACACUGAAGAAGACCUAAAUUGGAUCCAAAGGUUGCCCAUGACCCGCUAUCAUAAUGGGUGGUGGAGAGCAGGAGACUGGAGCAUAAUCCUCCCAGAGGAAAUGGGGAAUAAAGUUUUGACUAAAAUACACCGGGCCACCCACCUGGGCACCAAGAAGAUGCGAGACUUGAUAAGGCAUGCUAAAAUCACCAUCAAGAACUCAGGGCCAAAGAUUGAACAAAUAGUUGCCAACUGUAAGACUUGUCAACUGACAAACGUGACCAACCAUGGAAGAAAUCCCGGCUCCAGGACUCGCGGAACCAGGCCAGGAGCUUGUUGGGAAAUAGACUUCACCGAGGUAAAGCCUGGUAAAUAUGGAUACAAAUACUUGCUAGUGUUUGUAGAUACUUUUUCAGGAUGGACGGAAGCUUUCCCCACCAAACGAGAGACUGCACAGGUAGUGGCAAAGAAAAUAUUAGAAGACAUCAUGCCCAGGUAUGGAUUCCCUACCCUAAUAGGAUCAGAUAAUGGGCCAGCAUUUGUUUCGAAGGUAAUACAGGGAGUAGCACAGUUCAUUGGGGCUGAUUGGAAAUUACAUUGCGCAUAUAGACCCCAAAGUUCAGGACAAGUAGAAAGAAUGAAUAGAACCCUAAAAGAGACCCUGACCAAAUUGACCAUGGAGACUGGCGCUAACUGGGUAGUCUUACUCCCCUACGCUCUGUUCAGAGUGCGAAACUCCCCUUACACGAUGGGAUUGACCCCCUUUGAGAUCAUGUAUGGAAUCGCCCCACCCAUAAUUCCCAACCUACAGUCUAAUGUGUUAACUGAGUUUGAUGAUCAUAAACUUCUUAUUUCCCUAAGAGAACGCCAGCGCGCCCAUCAAGUAGUGUGGCCAAGACUGAAGGCUAUCUAUGAAAGCAGACCCCCUCCUGAGCCACACCACUAUCGACCUGGAGACUGGGUAUAUGUAAAAAGGCAUAAGCAGGAGACCCUCCAACCACGGUGGAAAGGACCCUAUGUUGUAAUCCUGACUACACCCACCGCCCUCAAGGUCGACGGGAUUGCUACUUGGAUCCACUACACUCACGUCCGACCUGCCGAUCCCUCCACAACCCGAGACGACUUCAUGCCAGAGGCCAACGCUGCAUGGACAGUCGAUCCGAGUAAGACCCACCCUUUAAAAUUAACUCUGCGCCGGAAAAAUGCAUAG